AUGGAGCCUGCCGCGCCAACCUUGCCAGCUGAAGAGCCAGCCACCGUUGUCAUUCCUGACACACAGGAGGAGCAAUAUCCUGACAACCAGCUUGGCUUGCUCAAUUCUCAGAGCAUGAUGGCCCAGCCAGUGGAGAACUCCGUCCUGUUGUCGCAGAUCAGUGACAACCAGAAUGUCAGCCAGGAUGAUGAGGGGGUGACUGAUGGAGCUUCCAAUGUUCAGCAGAGCCAGCAGCCAACCGUGGAAGGCCAGCAGGCUUCACCAAAGGAUGCUGAGAAGGAGGAAGAAAAGACAACCGAAGGUGCCAUGCAGAAAGACACCCAAGAGCUUACUCCUGAGGAGAUGAGGGUGUUGAAGGCCUUGCCUGAGACACAAGCCUAUGCUGAUGAGGUGCCGGCCACUGAGCAAGCCGCCACUGAGGAAGAUGGUGAAGAGGACCCUUUGACUCAGCUUGUUCGUUCAGAUGCUUUCUUGGAUGAAGGAGAAGACAUGUUGGAAGCCUUGCCGUGCAAAAAGUGUGGGCUUGAUCUCAAGCUUGAUGAUGCGGUGGUGCGUGGCCCUCGUGAAAUUUGGUGCAAAGAGUGCAACAGCAUCUACACGAUGCUCAGACGUCACCAGAAAUGGCCUCCAAGCUCUUUCUCCGAGCUAAGUGAGGUUCAGCAGCAGCAGUUCUUCAUGAAGUGCAAGGAGCAGAAAGAAGCUUCUAAGAAGACCUGCUUUGUGUACAAAAAUGUGAGAAAUGUGUUGUGGACAGCGCUCAAGGAAGAGAAGAUCAGGCAACGAAAAGUCAACACAGGAGGGACGUAUUUGCCCUUAUCUGUGUAUGAAGCCAGAGGAUACAAGAUUGACAGCGGCUUCUGCCAAAGGAACCCGUGCAUGUGGUCGGAAGGCCUUGGCUGUGAUACUUACUUGCUUGCAGAGACAAGCAUCAAUGAGGCUGAGAUCGACAACACCGUGGAGAGCCAGAUCGUGGAAGCCGAGCGCUUGGUGAAGAAGCGCAAAAUUCCUGCUCUUGAAGCUGGUUCUGAGAUUGAGAAUUCCGAGAAGAAGUCUUGUGUGUCGCAGCAGACUGAGGCCCUGGACGUGGACUUGGAGUCGGACAGUGACGACAAAGGCAUGGACGCUUUGCUUAACCCCUACGGUCCGUCCGGUGAUGAUGUGCCGCAGUCCUCAGACAAAAAGCUUUCCGCAAAGCAGCUGGAGGCGAAGCUGAAACGUGAAGCCAACAAGCACGACAAAGCGACGCAGAAAGAGAAGAAGAAAGAGGAGAGUGCUCGAAAGCGUGAGGCAAAAGCAUGUCUUCGAAGUUGA